GAAAAAUUAUCAAACCGCAGCUUGUUCCAUUCGAAUGAACACACCAGUGAUUUCGGUGGUGCCCAAGAGAAACAUUUCAGUUCAGAAAAACACAAGAAAUACUACCAUGAAGUUCUUCAUUGCCACCGCUUGCGUCCUGCUUUUGGCAUCGGGCAUCUCAGCCGAUCCUGUCAAGGCUGCCACCGAGGAACAGUCCGGUGCAUUUGCCAAAUGCCUGGAAGCUGAUUCCAUCUCGUGUCUGCAGCUCACGCUCUUCCGCAAGGCCAAGUCCGUCUUCGACAAUCCCCAAAUCGAACUCUUCGGCGGUGUCUCUUUGGUCAAGGCCAAUGAAGGACGUCAGGGCAAAUCUCUGGACAACUCCAUGGCUGUUGAGUCUGCACCCACUGUUGAGGCCCGCACCGCUGAGAUGGGCAACUACUUCAUGGACAGCGCCAAGAGCUUCUUCGCUGAGCGCUCUCUGAACUUCAACUUUGCCAAUGCCGCUCGCAGCGUUGCUCGUGCCAUUCCCGAUGACAUCAAGGCCGAUCUCCGUGAAUUGGUUGUUGAGUCCCGUACCCGCAAGAAGAAGCUGUUGAAGAAGUUCCUCCCCAUCCUGUUGGGCGUUGGUGCUAAGGUUGCCGUUCUUGCUGUUGGUGCCAUCUUCGGUCUGCUCUUCUUGGCCAAGAAGGCUCUGAUCGUCUCCGUGAUUGCCUUCUUCCUUGCCUUGGCUGCUGGUGCCUCCAGUGGUCUGAGCCGUCUGGGCGGUUCCGGCGGCAGCGGCGGUGGUCUGCUCGGCGGUCUCGGUGGACUGUUCGGUGGCAAGAGCUCUGGUUCGGCUGCUGUCAGCUCUGGUGGAUGGUCCUCGGGCGGUGGCUCCUCAAGCGGAGGCUGGUCCUCGGGCGGCAGCUCGGGAUGGGAUACACAUGGUGCCUACAGCUCACCAGUUGCCCAGACCAUCGCCUACCAGGGCUACAAGCAGUCCAGGCGGUAAGCUCUCUGCCCCUUCACACCUCCGACACUCCCCGAGUCCCCCAACGAAACACUUAGAAAUCGAAGCGUGACGAGGAGAGAGAACAAUCGCUGCUAAACACAAUGAUGACCAUUUCAUUAAUAUGUCUAUAUAUUUAUAUUUAUUUAUAAAUUAUUUAUUUUAAUUUAUUUACCUAAAAACGUGAACGAGAGAAGGGGCGGUGACCCCACCACCCUUCGACAAAAAAAAAACCAUUAAGUGCCUUCCAUAAGCAAUCUCUCGGAGCAGAGAGACAGCCAACAACAUAUAACAUAUAAAAAACACACAACUACAACAAUCAAACCACCACUUUUCAUCUAUCCACACACAUCUAUACAAGACAGUCAACCUUCAGCUACACCCAACAUAUUUCUAUACUCUAUACUCUAUACACACCCCACCCUAAUUUCACUCUGUACUCUCAACUCUAUCUACACUGUAAUAUCUUUCUUGUAUUUUCACGGCUGCGAUUUGAUUUAUGAGCACAAAACGCUUGAAACUAGUCGCGCCCAUAAAUCAAACGCAAGUCGCCUUAACUAUCUCUGUCUCUAUUUGCUAUUUGCUAUUUUCCAUCAAUCUAUGUAACUGUCUAUCUGUCUACUAUUUACUUACUAUCUACUAUUUCUAUCUCUGUAUCUCAAUGGUAAACUGUGUUUUCCUACUUUUACCGAAAAGAAAACUCUAUCAAGCUGCAACAUCAAAGAAUCAAAUAAUAACUCCGAAAAUAUCUACAAAAAAAACUCAAGCUCUUUCAUUUCACCCAUUCUCAGUCAUUCAUUCAUUCAUUCACUUAUUCACUUAGUCAUUUCGCUUUCAAUUUGCAUGCUUCCAUUGACGCAGCAGACAUCACUCAUACGCCUCAUUGUUCGGACCAAGCAAUUUGCAUUUCUAUGGACCAACAAACUUUCAUUUAAUUCUUUGUUAUCAGCCAAAAAUCGAAGUCGCAGUCAAAAGACAAAACAACAAGGCCGCAAAUGUUUUCUAAAAGAAAAAAAAAAACAAAAUUUCACCCACUUAUUUUUUGGUUAAUCUUUCAUUUUCACUGCACUUUCCUCGGCUGUCUCUCUAUCGCUUAAGAAUACAACAAAAGUAAUUUGCUAAAAAAUAAAACAAACAUUUCGCUA